UUAAUGUGCGGACCACCUGCUUAGACAAAAAAGGGGUCAUUGUAGUAGCUGUUGUGGAGAGGUGGCCGUUAGUGGGGUUGGACAGUAUUAUUUAAAGAAAUUUCAACAAAAUAGUGUUCAACUGUCAGUCCAUUUACUGUUAUAUAACAUAUAAUUUUCAGUCCGUUUCCAAUCACUGGUGUAAUUUUUACAUCGAAACCCGAUUAUUUGAAGACUGUUAAAAAGCUGAUUGAAAAUGCUUGGCAUGGACCAGAAAAACUGUAUGGAGAGGCAUUACUUUAUAAAACUUGGUUGCUCCGAUACACUCUGGUUAAUUAACAUAGUGAAUUAACCACCACAGUUAAUAUUAUUCAUCGAUUCUCAAAGUUUCUUUCAUAUAAAGGUGAAUAUACUUCUAUGAGCGUCAUACCACUGCAGUUCCUCUAUAGCUACGUACACUUAAGCCGGCUAACUAUUCUGAAUGAUGUUUCGAUGUUGCGGUCCAUGGUUGCGUCUUCAUCAGCGCUUUCUUGAUUAUCAUGCUAGAAGAAAAAUGCUCUGUGUUUCUCACGCCAUAGCACUUGCAUUUUUCCUUUAUAGUCUCCCUCGCCACCGAAAUAUCAACGCUGAGGUUUCCCUUCACAAACCUGCGAACGUUUCUUUACCUCCAAUUUACUUCACAGCUGAUAUAAACACAACCACAGUAAUUGCCACUGUAGAUGAAGAGUUUUUGUCUGUCAGCACCAGUUGGAGAACCAUUCUUGGCUGGAACUUCAGUUCUGCUGCAGAAAAACGAAUACUUGCUUUGAUGAACGCUCUGAUCCCUGCAUAUUUUCGAAUUGGAGGUACUGCUGCUGAAUUUGUUAUUUUUACUGACGAGGUGGAGAAACGUAAGCCACUGCGACCUUUUAAACCCGUACAUAUUACUGGUAAAGAUUUGGACAGGAUUAAUCGGAUAGCAGAAAACGCUGGCUGGAAAGUACUUUUAGCUUUAAGUGCGUCCCGAAGAGCAACAAAUGGCUCGUGCGAUCUAAGCAACCCUUUGAGGAUAGUAAAAUAUGCAGCUGACAAUGGAUAUAAAUUUGGAUGGCAACUUGGCAAUGAGCUAAAUCAUCCUCAGAAAAAACUCGAUGUUGCCAUUUCGCCUGACCAGCUUGCUGAAGACUUUGCAACACUUAGGAAACACUUAUCAAGAUUUUCUGGGGUUGAUAAUUUCCUUGUUGGACCAGAUGUAACACAGCCAAGAGGAAAUGCAAUGGAAUUUUUAAAAAGGUUUCUUGCAAAAGGACAUACUUUCAUUGAUGCUGUGACUUGGCAUCAGUAA